UGGGCAACCCUCGAUUGAUUCGAUACAAUUCUAAUUCGCAUUGUCAUUCAACAAUUUUUACUCGUCAUUCGCAUUGUAAUUUUAUUAAUUUAAAAUGUAUUUGGACACCGCACGCGAUUUGCCUGCCGCUGGCUUCAACUUUGACAACUGUCGGCGUAAUGCGGCUCUUUUGCAAGGCGGCUUCAAGCCUCCGACAACCACAAAAACUGGUACAACUAUUGUUGGAAUCAUUUACAAGGAUGGUGUGGUAUUAGGUGCAGAUACGCGUGCCACUGAGGGACCAAUUGUGUCUGACAAGAACUGCGCAAAGAUCCAUUAUCUGGCCGACAACAUUUAUUGUUGUGGUGCUGGCACUGCAGCUGACACCGAAAUGACCACGGAUUUAAUAUCAUCGCAGCUGGAGUUGCAUCGCCUCAAUACCGAGCGACAGGUGCCCGUCGUGUGUGCCAACAACAUACUGAAGCAGAUGCUGUUCCGCUACCAGGGACAUAUUAGUGCUGCUCUUGUCCUCGGCGGCGUCGACAAGUAUGGGCCACACAUAUAUUCCAUUCAUCCCCAUGGAAGCGCUGACAAGUUGCCUUAUGCCACCAUGGGAUCGGGCUCCUUGGCCGCCAUGGCUGUAUUCGAGAGUCGCUGGAAACCCGAUCUAUCCGAGGAGGAGGCAAAAUUGCUCGUGCGUGACGCCAUCGCUUCUGGUAUCUUCAAUGAUCUCGGAUCUGGAUCAAAUGUUGACUUGUGCGUGAUUCGCAAGGACAGCACCGAGUAUCUGCGAAACUACGAGCUGGCCAACAAAAAGGGAGAGCGCCAGCUCAAUUAUAGCUUCAAGAAGGGCAGCACCCCACUGCUGCACACCACCAUUAAGGAUCUGCAGAUCACCGAACGCGUACAGGCUGUACCCAUGGAGAUAUCUUAAGUUGUGCUGGUUAGUUUUAAUAAUAAUCCAUAUGGAAAUUUUUGCAUCGUCAUAGAUUUUGCUGAGGUUCAAUAAACAAUAAAACUUUGCUAUAA